CUUACAUAUCUGACACACGUUGACCAAGAUGGUUACAUUGUGCAUGUUCAUUUCUACAGGUAUUAUUAUUCAACAGUUCUCACCUGGGUUUUUGAACCCACAGCCUCUUGGUUCCCGGCACUCCAAUCUUUCCGCUAAACCACCGUGCCCGUGUCCAUAGCGGUUAUCGGUCAAUCUGACUAUUCUCAGCAUUGAUUUUAUUUUUUUAUUUCAGCAAGUUAGGGCUUUCUGAAUAGUUGUCUAAUGUUUGUGGGGCGUGUUAACCUGUUUUAAUGAUACUCAUGGUGAAAGUGAAAGAACAAUGGUGAAAGUAUAAUUAAUUUCUUCCCUGUACAGGACCUCCACAUUUUUGUAUGGGCCUAAUCAUAUAAUUACGUAUAUAAUAUGUUAAUUCAAUAUGAUCUCUGUGGAAAUAGUCAUAAAGAUGUGUCAUUUAACUUUUCAAAUGUAGACCUAAUAAGUUUUUAUUCUGUCAAACUCUACCAGUUAUGAUGUUUUAAUCUGAUUGUCUAACAAUCACGUUUAGGCUAGCGGCUGAUUGUACACAUGUGGCUGAAAUAUGAGAGGUUGCUGAAGAGCAUCGUCAUAACUGGUAAGAGGGGCUCGUUAUACUAGCUAUGUUCCUGCAACUGUCACACUAUAUUCAGAGCUCUGUUGUGUGACACUCCGAGGACACCGUUAGUGACAGCAGACCCCUUUCUAAUGAGGCAUGUUAAGAUUUGUUUACACAGGCAAGACAAGCUGUUUAGGACCCAUAUCUUAGGGCAAUACGAGGCUUCAGAUAGUCAGCCAUCUCAUAAUCUGGACUCGGGGUGCUGGAGGCAUAGGAAUUCAUCGUAACUCGAGGAUGGACGACAGGAGUCUAGCACUUGUGGCUCUAUACAUUGGACUAAAUAUUUGCACUGCUACAGAAUUCUCCCUCAGCCCUAGCCAGCCUCAGUGUGUCUUUAUUGCCUACUCCAACGUGACCUGCUACUGGACACCUGGACAAGGCUCUCCCUCAGACACACGCUUCACACUGCAGGUCAACAUAACCGGAUGUGAUGACCCUGUGAUCCAUCAGUCCCAACUGUGUCAGACUGUUACCCAGACCCACUGCUCGGUUAACGUGACCUCUCUGAGCCGCUGCUACUGCAUCAGGGUCCUGGCCGACAGCCCUCACACAACAGCCAGCUCACCCAGCCUCUGCCUCAAUGCCAUAGACGCAGUGAAGCUGCCCACCCCUGUCCUCUCCAAUGUGUCAGCAGUGAGAGGCAAACCCAGAUGCCUGAAGCUGCAGUGGACUACCAAUACCAGCUUCCCGGUGACCAGAAAACAUAUCUCCAAUGGUGCUCUGGUCUUCCAGGUGCAGUACAGCACAGAGGAUAAGCCUGAGCCCAAGACAGUGAAGGUGGACCUGAGACCUGAGAGAGAGCAGGGUCUCUUCUCUGCCUCCACGUGUCUCUUCUCCGCCUCCACUCUAUAUACACUGAUGAUGCGUUACCGAUACAAUAGUACCCUCAGCCACUGGAGCGACUGGAGCUUAACACAACAGCAGUGUACAGAGGUGGCAGCACCCUCUACUGUCCCUCAGCUAUGGAGGACCGUUCAGCCUGUAGGUGGAGCAGACAUGAGACGAGUGACUCUGUUGUGGAAGUCCCCACCCAGGAGUCAAGUGAAAUGCUCUGUCCCAUGGUUUAACGUAUCCUGCUGUACUGAGGGUUCCCAGAAUGCACUGCAUACAUGGGACUGCAAUGCCCUGAGUGUGUCUGACACUUCCUGUCAUCUGACCCUUCCCCCUGAGCGCUGCUCCUGCACACUGAGCAUGUCCAACCCUGCCGGCAUCUCUCCUCCAGCUACCAUCACAAUCCCCAGCACCACGGACACAGCACCCAAGGCCCUGGUGGAUGUCAGUGUCACAGCAUUGGAUGAUUCCAGACUGGAGGUACGAUGGACAGCUCUAGAGUCCCCAUCACUAAGCAGCUUCCUGGUGGAGUGGUGGGCUUUAUCUGAGACAGCUAGCUAUACUCCAUACUGGCAAAGACUGAGCCACAAUGCAAGCAAAAUUAUAAUCACAGAGGGCGUGUGGCCGAAACUGUGCUACAAAGUGACUGUGAGGCCUGAGUAUGAUGCAGAGACUGGGGAGGAGCUGUCAGUAGAAGCCUACACCAGGCAAGAAGCCCCCUCUGCUGGCCCCAAGCCAGUGGUGCAGGAGCUGAGCAGCAGUGCUGUUGUCCUGCAGUGGGAUCCUGUUCCUCUGGAGCAGAGGCAUGGCUUCAUCCGCUACUACACCCUCUACAUCCAGACUGAAGAAGAAACUCCAGAGGUUGUAGUGGUGCCAGGAGACAGCCUGAGGUACCAGUUGAGUGGUUUGUCUGGACUGUACAGGAUCUACAUGGUGGCUCACACUGAUGCAGGAGGGGGUCCUCCUGGUCCAAUGCUUGAUGUGUCUAUAGGGGGCAUUGUUUUGGUGGACACCAUCCUGUGGUGUUCCAUUCCUACUGUGCUCACCGUCCUGAUACUGAUGAACUGCCUACAGUGGAGACAGAGGAUAAAGCAGAAUCUCUGGCCUACAGUCCCUGACCCUGCACAUAGUAGCCUGUCCACCUGGAACACAGAGACGAAAUACACCACAGUCCUUUUCACUGGGGGGAAUCUCAGAGGAGAGAACACCAUUUCAAAUAAAGCCCCAGUGUCCCCACUCCCCCAGCAGGGGGGCAGAAACCUAUUGAUGUUGAUUGUAUGUGGUAAUGUGAUUUCUUAGGACGUCUGAACCUUGUUCUUUGUUUUUCUGUUAUAUGUUCUGAAUUUGUUUGUUAUAACACACUGUGAGGUUUUCAUUGGCAUCUGUACAGUACUUUGAAUAUUGUUUUUAUCCAAUCAAGUCUCAUUGUGACCUGGCAAGUCAAAGUAAGGCCACUUGCAAAGUAAAUCAAGUAAUAUAUGUUUCAUCUGUUCUAUAUAUAUCCUUUAUAUGCUGUAAUAUCGUAUCAUCUACUGAUGCGUGUCUAACUCCUGGUACGUAUUUACUGCAGUUUCUUUUAAGAGCUGCUGUGUUAUAAGAGAGGCUAGAAGGCUGUCACACCAGGCUAGAACAUCUAGCCCCAGGUCUGGUGCUGAUGAAGAAACAGAAACACAAGUUUUCCCAGUUCCUCUGAGUCCUACUGUUGCUUGGUGAUGUUAAUUCUACAGUCCCAGCAGGACUUAGAAAACUCCCUUUGCUUUUGUAACUCAUAGAGUUGUAAUGUUUCCACAUACUGAGUCCAGUACUUUGUAACGAUAAUGUUAUUACAAUGUUUAGAAUUAUAUUUAGUAAAUAAUUACUUGCCUUGAA